AUGGAAGGAGGGUUGAGUCAAAGGAUGAAAAACGAGGAAGGGGAAAAGGGGCUGCCGUGGAAGCUACCGGCGAUCAAAUCCAAACAUCUCGGGAAGGUGGGCCCCGCUUUCGGUGUCGGCGCUGGCUGCGGCGUCGGCGUCGGCGUCGGCGUUCUCGGCGGUGCAGGUUUCGGUCCCGGAAUUCCUGGCCUGCAAGUCGGUUUUGGUGUCGGUGUUGGAUGCGGAGUUGGCGUCGGAUUUGGCUAUGGAUUGGGUAGGGGCGUUGCUCAGGAUGGGAACCGGAGAUACUCAAAUAUUGCAAAUCUCAACUCUGCUUCUUCAAAUUUUCCCACACGGGAUGAGAUUGGUGUACUUAUUGAUGAGCUUGUGGAUAAUACCAAGAAGCUUGUGAGAGCCACCUCUAGGGAAUUUGACAAGUGGAGAAGAUGAUUUUCUUUACUUUGUGGUUGUGGCCCGAAUUAAACUUCUUAUUAUUAUUUGUCUACUGUUUGGUUGGUUGGUUUUCAUGGUUUGUAAAUUUUAACACAGUUUAAAGCUUCUCACUCAUUUAUGUACGUCAAUGCGACUAUGUACUGUAAAAUUCUCUUUCUAAGGCAAUUUGGUUUCAAUUUCUUUGUCUCUCUUUUUUUUUUGUGGGGUUAAUAUAGUGUAAAAAACUUUCUUAUGCAAACAUUUACCGAGAGGGGGGAAAAAAUAAGAGGAAAUUGAUGGAAUAACCAACGGUUCUCUCUCACUCUGGAUGCGGAGUACGGAGGGAUUUGUCCACGCAGGCAAAAUGAAAAUGGAUGGAUGAGAAUGUGUGCAUAUAUUUCAGGUUUAAAAAAAAAAAAAAAAGGAUUGGAUAGGCCAUG